GCCGCUCCCAGCCACCGCCGAGCCGCGGACGCAGGACCGGAGGCUCGCUCCUGCGGCGCGCUUGUUUUCCUGCUGCCGCCUCGCCCUGCGCAGCCCCCGCCCGCCCGAACGCCGCGCUCCGCUCAGCCCCGCCCGCCAUCCGUGCCCUGCGCUGGAUUUAUGAAUGGGGGGAAGAGGCCACAUGCCGCCGCCGCCGCCUCGAGUUGACCGCACGCAGCCCGGGCCCGCGGAGCUCCGGCUGCCGUGAGAGCGUCGGCCCGGCCCAGGCAGCCGCUCCGAGGACUUGUUGCUGCUGCGCUGCCGCUGCCGCGGGGAAGCCGGCGGCUCGGCGCGGUCUGGGAGCCGGAGGGUGGCCGGAGUGAGUGUGAGCACGCGCGCGCCCGGACCCUCGCAGUGCGCCUGCACUGUGCGCUUCCUUGUCUUUUGAGGGGUAAAAAGGGGGGCGUGUCCCGGGCCGCGAGCGUCUGAGAGUCCGGCCCUAGCUGGGGAGCGUGUGUGUGUUUGCCCCUGCCUCCCCGGGCCCCUCGCUUGGGUCCUCGGCUGACCUUUUCCCAUCCUGCCUCCCUCCCCGGCCCUGCCUACCCAAACCCCAACCACCUGUGCACCCGAGAAACCCAACUCCUCCCGCUCCGCGCCCCGGGGGGGAGGCAGGGGCAGGGCUGCACCGCAGAGGGGGCCGCCGCAGCCUCCUGCCUCCUCCUCGUCUCCUCCCCCUCCCUCGUCUGACGCUGCCUCCUCGGGAAGGGUGUUUGGAGGGCAGCGGCCGCCCCAAGCCGAAGCCCCGCAGCGCUUCUUAUGAUCAGCUCGGUGUGUGUCUCCUCCUACCGCGGGCGCAAGUCGGGGAAUAAGCCUCCGUCCAAAACAUGUCUGAAGGAGGAGAUGGCCAAGGGCGAGGCGUCGGAGAAGAUCAUCAUCAACGUGGGCGGCACGCGACAUGAGACCUACCGCAGCACCCUGCGCACCCUACCGGGCACCCGCCUCGCUUGGCUGGCCGAUCCCGACGGCAGGGGCCGGCCCGAGUCCGAUGGCGGUGGUGCGGGCAGCAGCGGCAGCAGCGGCGGCGGGGGCUGCGAGUUCUUCUUCGACCGGCACCCGGGCGUCUUCGCUUACGUGCUCAACUACUACCGCACCGGCAAGCUGCACUGCCCCGCCGACGUGUGCGGGCCGCUCUUCGAGGAGGAGCUCACCUUCUGGGGCAUCGACGAGACCGACGUGGAGCCCUGCUGCUGGAUGACCUACCGGCAGCACCGCGACGCCGAGGAGGCGCUCGACAUCUUCGAGAGCCCGGACGGAGGCGGCGGAGGCGCGGGGCCCCGCGACGAGGCCGGCGACGAUGAGCGGGAGCUGGCCCUGCAGCGCCUGGGGCCCCACGAGGGAGGCGCAGGCCCCGGCGCCGGGUCCGGGUCCUGCCGCGGCUGGCAACCCCGCAUGUGGGCGCUCUUCGAGGACCCUUACUCCUCCCGGGCGGCCAGGGUGGUGGCCUUUGCCUCUCUCUUCUUCAUCCUGGUCUCCAUCACCACCUUCUGCCUGGAGACCCACGAGGCCUUCAACAUCGACCGCAACGUGACGGAGAUCCACCGUGUGGGGAAUACCACCAGCGUGCACUUCCGGCGGGAGGUGGAGACAGAGCCCAUCCUGACUUACAUCGAGGGCGUGUGUGUGCUGUGGUUCACGCUGGAGUUCCUGGUGCGCAUCGUGUGCUGCCCUGACACGCUGGACUUCGUCAAGAACCUGCUCAACAUCAUCGACUUCGUGGCCAUCCUGCCCUUCUACCUGGAGGUGGGGCUGAGCGGCCUGUCGUCUAAGGCGGCCCGUGACGUGCUGGGCUUCCUGCGCGUGGUGCGCUUCGUGCGCAUCCUGCGCAUCUUUAAGCUCACGCGCCACUUUGUGGGUUUGCGAGUGCUGGGCCACACCCUGCGUGCCAGCACCAAUGAGUUCCUGCUGCUCAUCAUCUUCCUGGCGCUGGGCGUGCUUAUUUUUGCCACCAUGAUCUACUACGCUGAGCGCAUCGGCGCCAGGCCCUCUGACCCGCGGGGCAACGACCACACCGACUUCAAGAACAUCCCCAUUGGCUUCUGGUGGGCCGUGGUCACCAUGACGACGCUGGGCUACGGGGACAUGUACCCCAAGACGUGGUCGGGCAUGCUGGUGGGGGCGCUGUGUGCGCUGGCUGGCGUGCUCACUAUUGCCAUGCCCGUGCCCGUCAUUGUCAACAACUUCGGCAUGUACUACUCCCUGGCCAUGGCCAAGCAGAAGCUGCCCAAGAAACGAAAGAAGCAUGUGCCACGGCCGCCCCAGCUCGAGUCGCCCAUUUACUGCAAGUCCGAGGAGUCCUCGCCCCGGGACAGCACCUACAGUGACACCAGCCCCCCUGCCCUGGAGGAGGGAAUGGUCGAGAGGAAACGGGCAGACUCCAAGCAGAAUGGCGAUGCCAAUGCGGUGCUGUCAGACGAGGAGGGAGCUGGCCUCACCCAGCCCCUGGCCUCCGCCCCCUCCCCUGAGGAACGCCGGGCCCUGCGACGCUCUGGCACUCGAGACAGAAACAAGAAGGCAGCUGCUUGCUUCCUGCUCAGCGCUGGGGACUAUGCCUGUGCCGAUGGUAGUGUCCGGAAAGAGACCUGCCAAGACGCCCUCUCGUCCAACUAUGCCCAGGCUGAAGUCCUCACCCUCUCUUAAAGCGGCACCAGCGUGAGAGAGACAGGCAGAGAGACAGAAAGCCAGAGGCUUAGGGAACUCUGGAACCCAGGCAAGAAUCUUUCGCUGGGAAAGACUCAGAUAUCCGUGAUUGCACAGGACUGAUGGAAAACUUCCCAUGUGACCCUCGGGGCCUGGAGCCAUCCGGGUCUGACGUUCUGUUCUGUUGUACAUUGAAGAGAUAUAUAUGCACAUAUAGUAUCUAUAUUCAUACAUACUGUACUCUUGUGUGUAGUGCACGUGCUGUCGGUGGUCUGUCUUCUUUGUUAGGCUAUGUCUCCCCAAGCCCUUGCCCCCCCGCCCCGAGACCCCCAGUCCCUUCCCCUUUACUGAUUCCUUGUUUCUGCUGAACGUGUGUGUGGAAUGUCCCAGGAAAAGUGUACCUGGGAACUACCAGUCCAGCUGGGUGGUCCCAGGCUAGACUGUCCCUUUUGGGGGCGUUUCUCCAGUGGGCCAGUGGCCUGUGGAAGGCCAGAUUGUCCCCCAGGGUCACUGUUCCACUAGCCCCAUCCCACCCCAGAUUGGGGUUCUACCUCCCACCCACGCCCCGGUUGUGGGGGGCCUGCCGGGGGCUCCCCUGCAGCUUCUUCCGCUCCUUCCUCCCCCUUAGCUGUGUCCUUGACUGAGGGGGCGUUUCGUCCUUUUUUGUUUUUUGGCUUUUUGUUCUGUCUCCUUCGUCCAUUUGUUUUCAAAGAUGCUGCUGGGCAGACGGGCAGGGAAGGGGUCUGUCUGCCCAUCUGGCUCAGGGGCCUGAGGAAGGCUCGGGCGAGUGGAGACCAGUUGCAAUACUGUACUUCCUGGCCGGUGGCCAGAGGAUGCGUGCAAUAGCAGAGGCCAGGGGACCCCUUCGACCUUGGCCUCUGCCCCUCCCUCGGCCUCUCUCCCCAUCCCCGAGCCCACCCUGUCCGUCCCUAGUGUUGUUCAGUCGUUUUCUAAAGCUGUCCCCUCGUGUGUGUCUGAGGCAUGCCCGGGCUGGCCCUGCCACCCUGUCCGCAUGCCUGGAUUGUCGUGCUGUGCUCGAGCUCCAAUAAAGACAUCUGGAGCGU